ACUGUGAUUGAAAAAAACCCACACAAUAACUCAGUUUCCGGUACACCUGCACUCAUCCUGAAACCCCAAAAUCCCCGGAGAAAAGACCAAAGGUCAGGCCCGAAUUGACGAAUUCCCCCUUAAAACAAACGGACGAAUAAAUCGUCUCGAGAUCGUAUCAUAUACCCCAACGGUCGCUUUUCAAGACGAAAAAGUUUUCGAGAUGCUGUUAAUGCGUUCCAAGGAAUCGCAGGAGCAAUGAGUUUGCGUAAUAGAUCUGAUAGCAAUGGAGAUCAACAUGUGAUUGAACUGGAGAAAAAUAAUAAUUCGUCAGGUUUAAAGAAAAAAUCCAUUAACUGCGUGCGGCUAGUGGUUUUUUCGGUUCCCCUCGUGUUCUGUGUUUUUAUAAACAAUAAUAAUAUUUAAUAAUAACGAUAAAUAAAACCAAGUGCCUUAGUGAGACAAUAAAAAUAAUCUGAUGUGAAGAAACUCCAGUGUUGUCUCUGGAGUUGAUCCUGUUGGAGUGCGUGGACAAUUUUUUAUUAUUAUUAAUAGAUAAAUGCAUAAAUUAAGGCUACCUGUCAAGGUUGAAUUGCCCUCGGCGUUAACAAGGAUGGUAUUGGACCACAAGGCGAUAACUCUGCACAGUGAUUACGGUAGCUUUGACAGACCAUUGGGUAACGGUGAGGGGCACGAGAAGGACGUUGAGGCAGCUGUUGAUGGGAGUACCAGUGGAAUGGCACAAUCUAGUGACGUUUAUCAAAGGCAACCAUUACUUCCUGGUGCACCGACUAAGGGAAAGGACAGGUGGGGUGGAGUUGGCUCGAGUUCAGAUUAUUACGAGGAGGAUGACAAUGAUAAAAUAGAUAGCAUUGGACAUCAGCGGGCAGGCUUGGAGAAUGGCAGUGGCAUUGUCAAGCUUGAUAUUCCCGCACCACUCAGGGAGGAACCAAGAUUUCCCAAGGAGAAAUGGAAAACUCUUAUUGCAUUUUUCUUUUUGGUUUUCAACUUUAUUCUCACGACCACGUCCCUUGCAAUGGUACACGACAGAGUGCCAGAUCGAAAUGUCUAUGGUCCAUUACCUGAUAUUAUUCUGGAUAACGUCGAAGCACAAGAUUGGGCCCUCACUGUGUCGGAAAUUCUCAUUGUGAUUGGAUCCAAUUCCGCAAUGCUUCUCAUCAUAUUUCAUAAACACCGAUUCAUCGUAUUGAGACGAAUAUUUUUGGUGAUGGGACUCCUGUACAUGAUGAGGAGCAUCACAUUUUACGUAACAGCCUUACCAAUAGUUAGUAAAACGUAUUACUGCAGUGAAAAAGCCAAUCACACGACCCCCCUAAUAAUCACGAAACGCGUUCUCCAACUGAUGUCUGGUUUUGGUCUAGUAAUUAAUGGAAAGCACACGUACUGCGGUGACCUUAUUUUCAGUGGGCAUACAGUUAUCCUCGUACUGUGCUACCUGAUUAUCAAGGAAUACUCUCCGAAGAGGUGUCAGCCCAUCCACUGGCUUGUUGGGAUAACGUCAUUUGUUGGUGUUAUUAUGAUUUUAGUCGCCCAUGGGCAUUACACUGUUGAUGUUAUUAUAGCUUACUGGGUCACCACAAGACUUUGGUAUAUUUACCACACCAUGGCAAACAAUGUACAAUUGAAGCAAUACGGACCAAACAACUUUUUGGCGAGACUCUGGUGGUUUCCACUGUUCAAGUAUUUUGAGAAAAACGUGGGUGGAGUUGUACCACGACAAUACGACUGGCCUCUCCCUUGGCCUCGGAGAUUUCUUGCCAAGCAUCCCAAUCGGGACAGUUAAUACUCGUCUCAGCUUCGUAAUUAUCUUACAUCACUAAGACACUUACCCGGUUCAAUGUGAAUCUGUAUAUUAGUUAUCAUCAUCACAUGGAGAGUAAAUUAAUUGGGGGUGAGGGCCAGUGGUCCUGAUGUUCACAGGCGAAUGCCAUUAGAGAUAAUUAUUUCGAUGAUUAUUGCGCAUGUCAUUGUUUUCAUGUACAUUUGCUCGAUCUACCGAAAUUCCCGAUUGCAAUACGUCGACUUUAAGGAUGUCUCUCCCCAAUUUAUAUUUUUUUAAACCAAGAGAUCAAGUCCCUUCAUCUUUGAUAAUAUUUUGAACCCAUCAUUUAUUUUACAAACGCAGGCAUUAGCUGCGUUUAUGUGGGAUUGAAUUGUUCAAAUAUUUUCUGUUUUUGUCGGAAAAUUUUUCGCCAAAUUUUUUGUUGUCCAGUCCAUUCAGCAGUUUUCUCUUCCGUUUUUGUUUCUGCUUCAGACUCUUUUAGUAAGUGAAUUGUAAAUUUUAAUGUAAAUCUGAUGAGAGAUUAUUUGUAAGAAAAAAUUUUUGUAGUUAUUUCUGCUUUUUCCAACAGCAAAGAAAUAUUUCUGUUCGUUAACCAAUUACAGAAUUUCCCUUAAACGUGAUAAAUCUAGAUCUUGAAAAUGGAUAUACAUUCUUGAUGUCCGACUCCUUUGAGAGAAUUUUUUCAGUGAUAUUGGAAAAUUUGUCUGAUUAAUCUAUAAGUUGAGAGUUCGAAUGGGUGAUGCUCGCCAUGAAAAUUGGAUGAAUUCAUUGUUAAAAGCGAUGAUUAAUUAGGUUUUUUCACGCUCUCUAUUGAGUCUUUGUGAUAAAUUUUUCGUAGCUUCAGCCCCUAAAAUUCCUGUUGUCGCCAGAAGUGAGCAGUAGAUCGUGGAAUUUCGUGGGACCAAAAGUGAUUUAACUGGAGCUCAAACGUGCAAUUUAAUUUAAAUAAAUUGGCGAAGUAUUGAUUAAAUUGAAGAAAAUUAAAGAACGAACUGAUCCGAAAUCACUGAAUUACUAAAUUAUUUCUUCACCUGUCGUCGGGAAACUUCUUCGCAGCUCUUGCCACUUAAAUAAAAAUGUAAACUUUGGUUAAUAUUUAUAAAAAGGGAUAUAACUAUUUCUAAAAA